GGCAAAGUCCGAUGCAUCAGUCUCAAGGCGGAAUGGGUGAUUACCGUCUGGGUAGAUAAGGACGGGAGUAGAUGUGAAGCAAUGCUUCAACUGUUCAAAGGCUUCGUUCUAUUCAUGAGUCCACUCAAAUGGUACAUCCUUCUUUGUGAGGUCGUUGAGAGGUCGGGCCGUGGUAGCAAAGUCUUCGAUGAAUCUGCGAUAGAAGUUUCCAAAGCCGAGGAAAGACUGUACGUCUCUCAGGUUCUUCGGGGUUGGCCAGGCGGCGAUUCCAUCAACCUUGACCAGGUCCAUGGAUAUAUUGUCCGUGGAAAUGAUAAAUCCAAGGUAUUCGACUGUGUCUGUUUCAAAGGUACAUUUAGAAGGCUUCAGGAACAAGUCGUUGUCCAAAAGUAUUUGCAUGACCUGGGUUGUCACGCGCCUAUGUUCUUCAAUGGUCUUUGUGAACACCAGGAUGUCAUCCAUGUAGACUGCAAGGACUUGCGCAACAAUGAGGUCAUGGAAGAUGAUGUUCAUCAUAGUUUGAAAGGUGGCGGGCAAGUUGCAAAGACCAAAGAACAUUACAAGGCAUUCAAACAGGCCGAAUUUAGUCAUGAAGGCUGUCUUCCAUUCGUCACCUUCUGCUAUUUUAACAUUGUUAUACCCUCAUUUGACAUCAAACUUGGAGAAGAUCCUUGCUUUUGA